UUUAUUUUUCAACCUAUAUAUUAGCUACUCCAUCACCAUUCACCACCACUAAACAGAGUAAAACCAACCUUUCAUAUAUUGAUUCUAUAUCAUAAACAUUAUGCCUCCGGGUAAGCAAUACGUUUCCGGCACCGGCAACGCAAAGAAUUUGUCGAGUGUUGCGCAAACUUGCAACCAGUUGAGCUUGUUUUUAAAAGACAAAGGGGGUUGUCUCAAAGAUGUUCAUUUUGGAAUUAAUUCCAAGUUUGAUGAUUCAGUGAAAUCAGGUCCUCCGAUGAGUACAAUUGAUUUGUUGAGCAACAUGGAAAAUAGUAGUGACGACAGAACCCCAUCAAAAACUAGGUGGACGACCAAACCAACGAUGACAAUAUUUUACAAGGGACAAGUGAUGGUGGUGGAUGACAUAUCCGAAGACAGAGCUAAAGAGGUGUUCAAUCUAGCAGCCACAAAUUCACCCGCGGCGGCUACAUUAUUAUUAAGUAGUAAUCACAAAGCCCCCAAAGUAGCUGCUGCUGAUUUGGGAUCCAAUAAUAAUCAACGGAGGAGGAUAGACGAACACGCACAGCUUCAACCACCAAAUAACAACGGUGGUUUGGACUUACCAAUUGCUAGAAGAGCUUCACUACACAAGUUUUUGGCAAAGCGAAAGGACAGGGCUAACCUCAGGCCAGACCCAUACCCUUUAUUAUUGCCCAAUAAUAAUAACCAUCAUCAUCCUUCAUCAUCCGGCAAACAUCAUUUUGAUCUCAAUUUAUGAAGGAAUAUUAUUUAUAUAUUUGUCCAUUAUUAUUAUUUUGUAUCAUCGUCGAUCGUUGAAUAUUAUUAUUGAUAGAUAUUUUUGUUAAGUCACGAAUAUAUAUAUAUUUUAAAAGGACUUUGACCCGCGUGAUUUAAAUGAUGUUGUUUCUAGGAAA